AUGGGAAUUAUAGCAGCGAUGAAAAAACGAUAUGAGUAUUUGUAUUUGAAAGAUGUUCUUGGAUUUUACGAACUUGACGAUGAUUCGAAAGCUCAUAAAAAGGAACAAGCAGCCAGACUCGCACGUGGAUCAGCUGGAGUCGUUUACGGUAAACCUGCACAUUUGUUAGAUGCUGCACAAUAUGUUCAACGUGCUUGGGAAUCUGUGUCUGCAUUAUCAAUCAGAAAUGCAUUCAAGAAAGCGGAGAUCAUGACGUUGGAAGAUUCUGGCAACGAAGACGAAGAAGAUUUUAUGGGAGAGAUUAUCGACAAUUUUGCAUCUUUGGAUAUCCAAAUUGAAAGGAGCAAACUGGAAGAGUUUUUGCACAUCGAUGAUGAAAGCAGCGAAGAGUAUUCAAAAGCAGUUUUGGAAGACGUCGAAUGA